UCGUCGCGUUGUCCGUCGCGAGCCCUCGGUGGUGGGUUUUUGGAUUUCGAGAUUAGCUAAGACCUUUUCGACCGACCGCAAUGAUUGAUUUCGUCCCAGUUCGACUCUAGUAUCGGCAUGAAACAAUCGAAUUGAUUGAUUGGGAAUUUUGGGGUUGGUAAUUUGCGAGUCGAGUGCAGUGUUACGUCGAGAUGGCAUUUUGGGGCCACUAGAUAAUGAUGGACUAAGGCGCGCGCACACGCUCAGUGCAAACCAUUAGGAAUAAUUACUUCGGAUGGCAGCAUUAGUGCGUGAAUUUUUAUCUUGACCCUUCGUUUCCCGCGUGAUGUGUUGAAAUCGUGCCGCAGUUAGCAGUUGGGCGGACAGUUUCCGGUCACGACGAGCCACAAGAUAGAACAAAAUAACUGAAAAGUUUCACCGGCUUGUGUACAUACGUUACGGUUUGGCACCAGAAAGGAAACAUACAUGAGCUGGUUAAAAGUGUUCUGUUCGUAUAGUGAGCAUUCCUUCUAACAUGGGCGAUGUGUGGAAAUCCGUCGCGAAAAGUUCUGUUUAUGCAAAUUGCCAACAAACAAGUGAUUGUAGGCCCGUUGAAGCCGGCAAACAAAUUUCGAUUCCGAUCAGUGCCCGAUCAGCAACGUAGUGCAUUGCGAAAGAGACCGCCACACUUUGCGUUGUUUGGCCCGUUUUCUUGCCGUUUACGAAGAAAUAAAAAGAUUGAUUAACUCCGAGAGAUAGUGUCGUGUCGAGAAGUUCAUACCCUUUUCCCACUGCCAUACCUUCAUUAAGCGUGGUUUGUGACUUCGGGAUUCGACAGACCACUCAAGUGAUCAAUUGACCACGGUACCAAGUGCCGUGACGCCUAAUUAAGUGGAAACUGAGGCAAAAAUUAGUGUUACCAGGUGUAUCGAUGGUUGCGGCCGCUAAAUUGAAUUGAAACGUUCUUACACUCGUGUAAAUGUGUGAUUGAAGCAUAAUAUACGAUGACUGAAGUGUCGAGGAGAUGCUGUUCCUAGCACCCAAUGAUCGUUCAAGCAUGUGCCGAGUGUCGUCUUACUACCAACUAAACCAGUAGAGGCGUCUCUGGAAGAAGAAAGACCGAGAAAAAAAGUGUUGUCUUCGGCAAGUGUGCAGUUUGCGCUUAGUUUGUGUGAAAUGGAAAAGCGUGAUGCAAGACAGAUUUGUGAAACGUCUGAAUAGUUGUGGUAAUUAUUAGUUUGGAUCACCGGAAAGAGACCCGCAUCAUGGCACCGAGUGGCCGGAUGGGAGUAGCUGCCGAGUGGCUGUAGCCACUUAAUUGGGUGGAACUUACUUCGCGAAGCUUGUGUGUAGCGUAUUUACAUCUGCAGCAAUACUCAGCAUUUGCAGUGGACAGAAGUUAUUAGUGUAAUUCCGCGAUGUUUUUUUCUUGCCUUGUGUGCACUGCUGCCCUACAAUGCAUCAUAAAAUUACCCAGUGGCAGGCGGUCUGAACCCACGCUGACCACGGAAGGCGGCUGCGGUUGGUGACCACCACGCUGUAUGAAAACGAAAGUGAAAAUGCUUGUUGAACAAAGCAGUAGUAAUGCCGUAACCUCGCUGGCAGCUCCCCGGUCCUAGCUAGGAAAACGCGCAGCAUGACGUGUACGGAAGACUGCACCUGCAGUCUCUGCCGGGAGCUUAGAGGGUAUAAGCUGAAAGUAAAGCCUCCAGCCAAAUCGGAGCGUUUUACAACAGAAAAUGGUCCAGUUUCCACUGCGACCUAUACAGGAAAGCCACAGCAAGGAACAAAGUAUUGCAAAAAUAACAAUAAGAAUAAUCGAAAUGAUAAUUUUAUACUAAAAAGACGCAUGUCAAGCGACUACAAUAAAGAAAGCCGCCAUGGUGCAGCCGUGGCACCAUCGGCGGCUCCUUCGGCAACGGAUCUUAACUACGGCUUUGAGGAGCAAACAUCCGUGGGAGUACGACACCUCAAUCGAAUGAAAAAAGCCCAAAGCUACAAUGAAAUUUCCUGCUUCUCCAAGGUCAAUCGAAACCGUUACAGUGGAGGUCUUUUAGAGCCAAAAAUGAUUAAAAGCACGAAUAAUCUCGCAGAAGAGGAUGACUACUUCAGCUACCUGCCACCUUCUCCUCCACCAUCCGUUGCAGUAUCGACUCAAAAUUUGAAAAACAAAAUUGAAAAACAAAAAGAUCAUAAAGUCAUAAUCUACUUCGGAGAUAGUAUCGUUCAUAAGAAAAAUGAUAAAACACGAUCCGGUCCUCCGACUCCGCCACCACCGAAGUCAACCGAGCUUAACGUUUUUCAUGCACAACGUCUGUGUGAAGAAACAGCUGAAAUGCAGUUUCGCCGCCAAAACUCUGUCAUUUAUAAACCAAAGCGUAAGGAUACUACCGAUGAACAUGCAAAGCCAGGCAAAGAAUUCAUGCAGCAGCUCAAGUCAGUUCUGGAGGAGAAAAAUAGGAACCCCCCUACGGUCGUAACUCCCACGGCAGAUCCUAUGGGACCGGGCUGUUCAGCUACCGUUGUGAUAACCCAAAAGAAAGCUCCUGCUCCACCAGUUCCCGCAGUAAAAACGACUGCCGUGGUUGGAGAAAUCCCGAAACGAAACCAUACUCAGGUGGUGGAAAUUCGGCGAACCGACAAAGCAGAUGCGACGGAUGAACAGAUAAAGUCCGAUCCGUUGCCCUCGUUUGUUGAAAGCGUUGUGAACGGCGUUAUUAACAUCAAAAUCGAGGAAAGCUACAAAGUGGCUUCGGAUAUUGUGCAAGCUGUGUUUCAGAACGAUUCUAUCGAUAAUGGCUAUGGGUGUGUCGAUGAGGACAUCGGUGAUCCGUUCGACUGGAGUUUUGUGCAGAACUGGCGGGCUCGACCUUCCGGAACAGUCGCGAACAGCCAUGUCAGCUCACCGUCCAACAACAGCAAUUCCACCAGUUCAGGUGUAAACAGCGCUAGCACAAAUCUUCAGAAUGGAUCUAAUGGAUUAUCACCAGGCAAUCACUAUAUUGCCUCCUCGAAUCCCGUUACAUCAGGCCCCCGGAUUCAGAGUCCAGCGGUAGCCACACCGGCUCCACGAAUCUCGAAGGAAAUUGCCGUUCGCCCAGUCAAUGGGAACCAAGAUCCAAGAAACUAUAAUUUGUCUCCUGUGCAGAGCCUCCAGCAGUGCGGUGAUACUACCGUUUCCAGCAGCAACACCAAUGGUAGUAACAACAGUUUAUCGUACAGCACAUCAGCAAUGAUACCGGAACGAGAUGUAGGACCUAAUAAAUUCACAAGUGGCAACCACAAGCAACAGCCUCUCCAUGGACCCCAGCAGCAACCUAACGGUCCAUUGCAAAACCAUCACGGUAAUACCCAUCAACAAGGCCCCCAUCGAUCUGUGUCGGGACCUACUAAACUAACCGUUCAAAGCUCCCCGGUGAAAUCCCAACCGGCAAUGAUCAGUUCUGGUCUCGAUAAAGCGAAUCUAAACGGCAAUGGAAACAACAACAAUAAACGGCUUAAUGCCAAUGGACUCAGCAACAGCAACGGUAAUCUGUUGAACUCACCAGCUUCUUCCACUGAACCCCUAAACUCCAGCAGUAACAGUUCUAGUAAUGCAAGCAGUGUUAGCCAUUUAAAGCAACACUUCGCUCAGAACCAUCAUGCCAUACAGCCAUACCACCAUUCUCAAUCGCAGCAGAACUCCCUCGGAGGUCCUCCUCAAAAAGGAUUAGGUAUAACUCGAACCCAUCACCAUACUGGAACACACGACUUUCGUGGUUUACAGCGUGUUAACGAGUGUCACAGUUCAUCGGACGAAAAUCGAUCCUCCGGGCAUGCAUCCAUGUCGGACACUGGCCACGGUAGUAGCUCUCCAGGUGGUAAUCGAAACAAUGGUCCACUUGGUCCUCUACCCGAAGAUCGUCUUGCUGCAGGUGUGACAAACCGAAGCGCGCGUUCCCGGGCUAGCACCAACCACUCGAGAUCACGUCAUCGUGCAACACCAGCCAAAAUUCCGUGGGGUGGUGGUGGUUUGGAAGAUAUUAAACUAGCCAUCCAACAACUGACAAUGCGUUCUCAUACCAGUACCUCUACUUAUAGCAGUUUGAGUGCCGGUUCGGAGAGUUCUGAACCAGAACGUAGACUUGGAAGAUACAGUUCACUGGAAACGGUUAACACUAACGUUACGAGCGCCGAUGAGUUCGUAUGGGUUGAUUCACACAAUCGUCUUGUUGAACUGCAACAUCCUCCCUGGAGUCAGCACUGCGUAUUACGAGUGCUCAGAUCUGGCCGGUGUCGAGAACACUCGGAGAGAGUGUCGGUAGAAGCAGUUCCCAGACUGGGAUAUCUUCUGCAACGAGCUUUGGUCCGUGUAGCUCGAGAAGUUCAACGAUUAUCUGGACCGCUGGGAUUAUGUUCGAAGCAUGAAGUAUCUGGAGCCUUCAAAAUUGUACUCUCACCAGCUUUAGCGGAUUCCUGUAUCAAGGCAUGCCUGCGAGCUGCUGCAAUGUUUGCCGUACCUGGAGACAGUGCCCUCAAGCAAAGUAAAUCGGCCCGUGCAGGCUUGCAACUACCGGUGGGACGAUUCCAUCGCUGGAUGGCUGAUGCAAGGUUAGGAAGAUUUGUUCAUGAGUACGCUGCUGUGUAUCUCUGUGCUGGUUUGGAAAAUUUACUAGAGGAAAUAUUCCUCCAGUGUCUGCCAACGGAUCCAACUGCUACAUUGACUGCCAGUGGCCUAGAACAUGCAAUAGCCGGGUCAGGAGACCUAUGGGGAUUGCUGCAACCCUAUGCGCAUCUUAAUGCUGGACGAGUUGCCUCGGGAGCGCUUACCAUGCCACGUUGGGCAAGUCAAACGUCGAUAAACUCAAAUACACAAAGUCCUACACUCGAACCCUGUCUCCUAACGACUUGUGUUGGAAGUCUUAAUGAAUUAAAAGAUCUGGUCACCAGGGCCCAGCAGAGGAGUCAACACAUCACAAUGUCGCAGUCAGCACUUCGCGUACUAUUUUAUUUUAUGCGGUGCUCUCAGUUGGAACACAACGACAUUGGAGUAGCCACCAAUGGUGGCGGAACAAACAUCCAAGAGCUGUGCUACGAACGGGCAUACGUCGUUUUACCUCCGCUAGUAGAAUGGCUGCGUGUAUCGUCGGCUCACGCUGAAUAUCGACAUGCGCUAUUGAUUGACAAAGACGACAUUAUGCAGGCAGCUCGACUGUUGCUGCCCGGUGUAGACUGCCCGCCAAGGCAAAUUAUUUCAGAAGAAGAGUUACCCUCGAAAAGACUCACUCUGUCCAACCAAAGUAUAGUUUCGUCAAAUCAUUCGGGCCAAACCCAACCAUUGCACGGUUCAUUGUCGUCCAAUUCGUCCACUUCUACCACUAGCACUAAUAUAGAGGAUUCCAGUGAAUGUGGACGACGGGCAACAUACGCACUGGCAUUCCGUUUGAUGCUGACUGGUCGAGGAGAACUUCUCAUCCAGGCACUGUCACUAGUUCCACCGACAACCCGUUACGAUACGCUCAAUCAUCAAGGCGUAACUGCCCUCAUGAUCGCUGCAGUUCGAAAUGAUGACGCGGCUAUACAAACACUGUUGGAUGCUGGAGCCGAUCCUAACAUCGAAGUGCCAACAGUUGGAACUACAAACUGCCCAGCAAUCCACCCAGAAACACAACAUUGGACAGCGCUUACCUUUGCUGCAUGCAAGGGAAACUAUCAAGCCAUUCGAAUUCUGUUGGAACGUGGUGCCCACGUGGAAGGUGGAGCACGGCUAAGUGAAGAUAAGUGUACGUUGACUCCUCUACAAGUAGCCAGCGGGGGAGGAGUUGUUGAAGUAGUUUCAUUACUGCUCGCACAUGGAGCGCACGCAUUUUUAUCCACGCAACUAAAGGAUUCGCUAUGUUUUUCUGGUAGUGCACAACGUGGUUGUUACAGUGCAAUUUCCGUGGCGGCAGCUCACGGCCAAAGGGUAUCACUGAGGAAGCUUCUCUCACACCCGCUAGCUCCGGGUAGUCGAGAAGUACUCUCUCUAGAGGAAAUGCUGGCAGAAGGUGACAGCACCAGCCGUAACCAACUAGAGAGACAAACUGAAGUUCCUCCAACGUUGAACAAAACGCAAAUUAAAAGUCUUCAAGAGGCCAUGUAUCAUAGUGCUGAAAACAACCACCUUGAUAUUACCAUUGAAUUACGUGCACUUGGUGUACCUUGGACCUUACACUGCUGGAUGCAUGCAUUGGCGGCUGCUCAUGAGCUUCGACUGGAUGCCGUCAUUGAUCAACUAUUGCAAGACUUCCUGCAAGUUUGUCCAGAUGACUAUAGUCAACAAUUUGUGACGGAAUGUCUGCCAUUGUUGUUCAACAUUUUCCGCUACAGUAAAGUAUGUCUCUGGAAUCAAGUCUGUACUUGUCCGCUUCUAAUCAGAUUUACUUCAUUGCAGAAGGAGGGAACGACACUUCUUCUGGCAGACAUCUUUAGCACAUGCUUCGGAUGGGAGCCCAUUAAACCAAUCAAAGAACCGGUACUGCAACCGUCUAACGGGUCCAGAAUUGAUCCCAAGUUCGUCAACAACCCAGAACUAAGCGAUGUGACAUUUAGGGUUGAAAAUCGCAUUUUCUACGGACAUAAGAUCGUUCUCGUAACCGCAUCACCGCGUUUACAGAGUAUGCUUAGCUCGAAACUGAACGAAGGCACCGGCACGCCUACAGUCCAAAUUAACGACAUUCGUUACCACAUAUUCGAGUUGGUAAUGCAAUUCUUGUAUAGUGGAGGAUGUAACACACUGGACGUGGCCGCUGGUGAUGUACUUGAGCUGAUGGCUGCGGCCAGCUUCUUCCAAUUGGAAGGACUCCUUCGCUACACCGAAGCACGAUGCGCAGAGAUGAUUGAUAUCGAUAACGUAGUGGCAAUGUAUAUUCAUGCCAAGGUUUAUAACGCUCAAAAAUUAAUGGAGUACUGUCAAGGAUUUUUGCUGCAGAACAUGGUUGCCCUCCUUACGUACGACGAUUCCGUUAAGCGGCUUUUAUUUGCAAAGAAAAUUCCGAACCAUGAUGUACUGAAUGGAUUGUUGGCCACACUACAAACUCGGAUUAAGGCGCGACGGAACAGUGCAAGCGUUGCCAAUAACGCUUCCGCAGCAUCCGUUGCGAUAAGACCUCCGUCGAAUAAUAAAACUAAAUAAGCAAACCAUGUAACUAAUUUUUAAAACUGUUUAUUGUAUUUUAACCUUUUUGUGUAAUAUCUAAAUCAAUCCUACUGUUAAUGUACAUGAGCAACUUAUACAGUUGAUUAGCCAUUUAUCGGUAUACUGGAAAGUAUUUAUACGAAACCCAUAAAUUGUGUAUAUUGUUGUUAAAAUUCAAGCUACUAGUAUUAAAUUGGUUGUAUAAAAACACGAAUAACAGUUGCGAUAAGAAUUUUUAAGAAUAUUUUACCUAGCAUAUAAAACAGUUUUGACUUUUUUAUCCAUAGUAUUUCAAUAAUAUACUCAUACAAAAAAUAUACAGCGUAUAACUUUAA